AUGAUCCGAAAGUUCAAGCGCCUGUUGAAUCCAUUGCAAGUGUUUGACAUCAUUGCGACGGGACCUGAUUUUGCGCUUUCCUUUUUUGAUGCCCUCGAUUCCUUCCGAGUACUCGUUUGUGGUGGCGACGGUACUGUUGGUUGGGUUCUCGGAGCUUUUGAUCGUUUAGCGCUCCACAAUAAGUGUCAACUUGCCAUUCUACCACUUGGCACUGGAAAUGAUCUGGCUCGUGUACUAGGAUGGGGACACGCUUUUUACGAUGAUACUCAACUGCCGCAACUUUUGAGAACGUUUGAACGAGCCCAUACGCGUAUGCUUGAUCGGUAUGUUGAUCAAUGA